AUGGGAUCAUACCUUUGCUGGAGGCCCGGUGACGGAUUCCUCCUAGCUGCAGGCACAACGCCACUUGAUGUUGCGUCCAACGCAGGCAAAAUUGAGUGUCUCUACCGACCGACAAGUUUGCUGGAGCCAAGAAGCCACAAAAAUGAAAGAUGCCAAAAUGACGGGAAUAUCCGCAAGCUGUUCCGCUUGGUUCAUUCGACCGGUCCCUGGAGGCCUCCAGUCAGCCACAAUACCGACGGAGAAGGGUGCCUUGACCGCUCCGGGAAACAUGCUAUUAUCACGGGAGCAACAUCGGGCAUCGGACGUGCUACGGCAAUGGCGCUAGCACAAAGGAAUUGGAAAAUUACGCUUGGAUGUAGGGACAUGACUGCGGCAAACCAGGUAAAGCGGGAAAUCACCGCCGCAACCGGUAACAGCGAUAUCCGCGUGGAAUAUCUGGAUCUCACGGAACGUCCAUCGAUUGAUCGCUUUGCACAAAUAUUUGAGGACGUUCCUGUCCAUGCUCUCGUCAACAAUGCUGGUGUGAUGACAUAUUCCCCCGGCCGAGUGAGCUCUUUCGGUGGAGUCACUGUUGACGUGGCUACCAAUUACUUGGGCACCGCCUAUUUGACUCAUUUGAUGAUACCUCACUUGAGACGAGUUCAUGAGGAUUCAGUGUAUUAUCCUCGUAUCAUUCUUGUAAGCUCAUCACUUGCAUCUCGUGGUCAUCUUGAUGCUCUGCUAGAACCCUGGAGCCCAGCGAAACAAUGGAAUGCGACGCAAGCAUAUAGCAAUUCUAAACUGGCGUCUUGCUUAUUUGCGAGGGAACUCCAUCGUCGCUUCGGAUCAGGGCCGAGUAAAAAGGUUGAUGUGUAUUGUUUAUUCACCGGUGGAAUGGUCAAUACAAGACUCGGUCGACACAUGCUGGCCAAAUAUCCUGCUCCAAUUCAGUGGCUCUGGGGCAUACUUGCCAAACUCCUUUUGAAAACCCCUUUUGAGGGAUGUCAGAGUCUUAUUCACUGUGUUGUGAGCCAAAAUGUCCCUGGUGCUCAUUGCAAGGACAGCGACGGAAAUAAGAAUUUCGGUAUUUCUGGCAGUGGGUUGUUGUUAAGUAAUUGUGUUCCAAUUACUUGGCCGGAGAAUAUGAACGAUAUGCAAAAGGCCCAAUUGUUGUGGAGAGAAACUAUGGGUUUUCUGAACAUCGUCGAGUGA